AUGGGUCUCGCACAAGAAGCUGCCCGCGUGGCUGCCGAGUUUGAGUACUCGGAUGACCAGGUCAACAAGGCCGUCAAGGCCUUCAUCCGCCAGAUGGACGAGGGCCUUGAGAAGUCUGGCACCUCCAUCAGCCAAAUUCCCACCUACGUGACCGCUGUUCCCAACGGAACCGAGAAGGGUCUCUACAUGGCUGUCGACCUUGGUGGCACCAACUUCCGCGUCUGCUCCAUCAACCUCAACGGUGACAGCACUUUCUCCCUCACUCAAUCCAAGGUCGCCAUUCCUCGCGAGCUUAUGGUUGCUAAGACCAGCAAGGAGCUUUUCUCUUUCCUCGCACAGCAGAUUGCCAACUUCCUGAAAACACACCACAACGAACACUACCACGCUACCAUCCGCAGACGUGCCACCAUCCACUCCGAGAGCGGUUUCAGAGAGCAGGAAAUCUUCAACUUGGGCUUCACCUUCUCCUUCCCCGUGGAACAAGUUGGAAUCAACAAGGGUAACUUGAUCCGCUGGACAAAGGGUUUCGACAUUGCCGAUGCUGUUGGCAAGGAUGUCUGCAAGCUUCUCCAAGACGAGAUCGAUGCUCUGCACCUGCCUGUCCGUGUUGCUGCUCUGGUCAACGACACUGUCGGAACCCUCAUGGCUCGUUCAUACACCUCUCCUGGCAAGACUGGCACUCUUCUGGGCGCCAUCUUUGGUACUGGUACCAACGGUGCCUACGUUGAGAAGCUCGACAAGGUCAAGAAGCUUGACAAGAACAAUGCCAACGUUGACAAGACUACUGGUGAGAUGAUCCUCAACACCGAGUGGGGCUCAUUCGACAAUCAGCUCUCCGUCCUCCCCAGCACUCCUUACGACAACUCGCUCGACAAGGAGACUCCCAACCCUGGUAUCCAGAUGUUUGAGAAGCGCAUUUCUGGUAUGUUCUUGGGUGAGAUUCUUCGUCUGGCCAUCGUCGACAUGGUCAAGGAGCGCAAGGCUGGUCUCUUCAGCGACGACAACAGCAGCAGCAACGAUGUUCACAGCACUACUUGCAUCUCCGAGAGCAGUCCUCUGUGGCAACCUUGGGGUCUUGAUACCAGCUUCCUGUCCAUCGCUCACGGCGAUAACAGCGCUGGCUUCAAGGUGACUCGUCAAACCUUGGACAAGGACUACGGUGUCCACGCUGCCAGUUCCGAGGACGCCGAGGCUGUCAAGCUUAUCGCUGCUGCCAUCGGCAAGCGUGCUGCUCGUCUGUCUGCUGUUGCCAUUGCCGCUAUCGUUCUUGCAACCGACAAGCUUUCGGCACCCAAGGACAUUGCCACCGCCGACGACACACCUGUCAACGAGGACGAGAUGAUUGACAUCGGUGUUGAUGGCUCGCUCGUUGAGUUCUACCCUGGCUUCGAGGAGUAUAUCAGAGAGGCUUUCCAGCAAAUCGAGGGCAUUGGCAAGCACGGCGAGAAGCGCAUUCGCAUCGGUAUCGCUAAGGACGGUAGCGGUGUUGGUGCUGCUUUGAUUGCUCUUGUUGCCGACAAGUUGGCCAAGCAGGACCAGCUCAAGGAGUACGACUAA